CAAAGUACACUCACACACACUCUCACACACACACAUCAGGAUCUCAUUUCUAAUGCAAGAGGUCAAGACUCACUGAUCAUGAGGGUCGUUACAUCAGACUCUGUCUCUGCGGCAAACCAGUAUACAGACGAGCCGGAGAACCCAGACUCCAGUGACGACACCGAGUUCUGGAGGAAAGACUCGUCUGUGCCCAGGUUUGUUGCAGCGCCCUCUACCGGUCGCUGGCGGUGGCGUGUGUUCGCUGCCAUCAUCAGUGUAACGGCUCUGAUGCUUCUGGUGCUGAUCGUCACAGUAUCUGUGAGCCACAUGAAGUUUGAUCGGAAGUUCUCGACGACCGAGACAAACGUGAAGAAUCUGACAGAAACGCUCCUGAGCAUCAUUUCCAGAGCAAACAUUCUGGAGGAAUACGGACAUAAAAUGCAUUUAGACAUCAGCCAGCUGGACUUCGACCAGAAAACGAUGCAAACAACGAUUAAUGAUAUGUCUGAUUCAGCACAGGCUCUUCGUGACCAGGUUUCGGAUCUAAAAUGCCACAUUGACAAGUUCAUAAGCAACAACACGCAGGAGCUGUGCUGUCCUGGCGGAUGGGCUCUCUUCUCCACAGACUGUUAUUUCUUCUCUGAAGACGGGAUGCCGUGGGACGCGGCCAGAGACGAGUGUGAGAAGAAAAGAGCAAAGUUACUCAUCAUAAAAAGCAAACAGGAGAAGAACUUCGUGGUGAGCAAGACCAGACCGCUGUUCUACUGGCUGGGUCUGAGCGACGGCCGCACCGGCGAGUGGGAAUGGCUGGACGAGACGCCGUAUGUGCAUGUCAGGAGUGAAUGGAUGCCGGGCCAGCCUGAUGACUGGAAGAAUCACGGUUUGGGUGGCGGUGAAGACUGCGCUCACUUCCACCACGACGGGCGGUAUAACGACGACCACUGCUCUCGGCGCUACCGCUACGUCUGCAAAGCUCACGCGUCCGCCAUCUGACGACACACACACUUCAGCAAACCAACACAACACAGCAAUGUGCAUGCUAACACAUGCUAACGGUGAAAGUUUCAUAUUUAACGAUAUUAAAGCCCUUAACCCUCAUCCUUCCCGCGCACUUGUAACACAUCAAAAUAACCCGAAGCCCUAAAAUUAUACUUUAUUUUUGAAGAUGAAAGAUUUUAUGCAAAUUUUGGGGAGAUUUUUUGUUAUUUUUAUUUGAUUUACCUAUUUAAAUUCCUAGAUUUGAACAAAAAUAAUAAAUAAAUAAAUAGUAAUUUAAGCACAUUCCUCACAUACUUUCAACUUGAAUUGAAAAUAACUCACAAUUUUAUGCAUAACUUUUAAUUCAGCUCUAAAUAUCUUGCAUCGGAAGUUUUUGCCUUUUAUCCGAGGACAAAACAGCUGUGAUGCACAAAAGUUGUUCUGAAUAAAAUCACGUCUGAACAAAUAAAAGAAAUGUUGAUGUUCCUGCAACAAUUAAUAAAAAUAAUCCAGUUAUGUUUCUUAAUUGAAGUUAUAUGACUAUAUUCUAAUAUUGAUACUGUAUAUCAGUGUAAUUAAUGCUGUAAUGUGUGGAUUGUAACUGUAAAUUAUGUAAAUAAUGCGGUAAUUUUGCACUAUUGAAGGAGAAUAUGUGCAUGCUGCAUCAGAACGUUUCCACAAAUACAUCAUAGAUGUAUAUUUCUUUUUUCAGUGCAAUGUAUCAAUCAGUUAUGCACUACAUUUAAAGAGAAAAUUAUGUUAUAAUAAAAAAUGAUACACUUAAUA